GGUGACGCAGCAACAUCAUCCAUUCUUCACAAUGGCUGCCCUCUUCGGUAACAGCUCUUCAAAUCGCAAUCAAAGUAAAAAUUUAGUGGAGUUCCGAGCAGGAAAAAUGCACAUGAAAGGCAAGAUGGUUCAUCCUGAUAAGAGAAAGGGGCUCGUUUAUGUAUAUCAAUCAGAUGACUCCCUCAUGCAUUUCUGUUGGAAAGAUCGCAAUUCCGGAGCUGUUGAAGAUGUACGUUCAAGUUACUAGUUACGUUGUAUGAUGAGAUGACAGUGGCCAAAGUCGUCUGUGUAUUUUGUGUCUGUUGAAUGAAACUUAUAUUUAAUUUUGGUAAAUGCAAAUAAGAGAUGCCAUGGUUUUUUCCCAUGGCCGGCAUCUUGUUUGACACGACCAGUUAAUUCUGUCACUAACUUUGGUAAAAAAUUUAAACAUUUUGUAAAAAUAAGCCAAUGGCAUAGUUCAAUAGAGCUAAUUUUUUACAGAAUUAUAACACCAAAAUCAUAUUUUUAGCUGUUGUAGUUUAAAAGUUAUGAAUUUUUAAAGUAAGACUUGGUUUGUCCUUUUUUAACAUGGACUGAGUCUCCACAUUCUGUGACCUCAUUCCGCUGAUCGCGUCAUGUGCAAUGACCAUAUAGUUAAUAUAAAUAUAAAGCAACGCAUUCCCUUAUCACUAAAAUACUGUUUAGGGUCGACUUAUUUUAAACUUUCAACUUUGGCACAUGAAUAAUUAAUUAAAGCUUUCCCUGACCAAUGGUUUAAUAGUUUUUGCACACAGCAAACUCUUAUGAAUGAAACUCUGAGAUAGUACUACGAUAUAGCCGUUAUGCAAGUGGCUGUGAAUGGUUGCCAAUGACAACGUGUUGCACAGGGAAAAUUCUGAUCAUUUAUAAUAUGGACUCUACAGGGUUUUUAAAGCUCAAAUUAAAACAUUCCAGUUUAAAUAAAUGUCUUCAAAAUGCAUUCUGAAACAUAGUGGUAAUAAUUAAAUAUUUCCUAAGUAUCGGCAACUUCCGCCAUUAAAAAGGAGGAGUGGCCCACACCAUGUUGAAAUUAGGCUGAGCCACCUUAUGGUGAUAUGGGUCACUGGGAGAAGCGUAACGAACGUGGGACACGACCUACAUCAAUGAAACUUGGCACAGAUAUAGAUCAAUAUCUAAUGCUUAUACAGAUUUAAUCAAAAAGGGCGUUAUCUUAUUAUUUCACAAAAAAUUUUGUAUGCGAAGAUGCCUUAAAUAUACCAAAGAUUUUUAAAAUAAAGGUCGAUUGAAAAAAGCAAAAUAGCUGGCUAGAAAUGUAGGCCAAGAUGUCUUCCAAAUUAUAUGGCCGGAAACGGAACUCAAAUAUAUGUGGAAAGAACUAAUUUAAUAAUAAAUAGACACACACAUCGGAAAAUUAAAAACUCUGAUUUUUCGGCGCCGACGCCCUUUUCCGAUACAAAAAAAAGUAGUAGUCUCCCUUGUUUCAUCGAAGUAUCUACACUAAACCUAACUAAAUGUAUCCUUAAGCCUUAAACAGAACCAGAACCCUAAAAUGCCUAAAUUUCUAAAUGAUGUAUUUGUUGGUACCUAAGAAAAAAAAUAAUAAUAAUUAUUUUGAUAAUAGUUAUUUAUAUCAAAUUUCGGCAAUAAUUAUUAGGCCUAGGCUAUUCAAAACUUAAGUUAGUUAAGACAAAACCUAUUGAUUGGGUCUGAGAGUUUGCUAUUUAAAAGUAUUUACAUGGUAAAAGUAGGCUAAGUUAACUAAGUAGCUUCAUAGAAUUCUUAAAAACUAGGUUCAUCCAUUCUGAUAGGGCAAAGACCCUACUGAACUGAAACUCAAUAAGUCUAAUAAAGCUACCUGGAAAAAUAAAAUCCAUAAGUUAGAAUUAGAAGUUUCGGUAAAUGUAUAGUGGCAUGGGUUUGUCAAGAGUUGUCUCGCGCACUAAGUGCAGUGACGUCACUGUGGGUAAUCCCAACACUGGUCUUCAGGUGACAGGACCAACAGUUAUUGGACCUGAACGAUGUGUAAGAUAAUUUUCCUGCUCUUCAAUGAACAUUAUGCACAUCAUAAACUAAAUCUAACCAUUGAUACAGUUAAUUUAAAAUAUAUGAAAAUGUCCCAAAGUUUUUAUUUUAAUUCAACUUACAAGGUUCAAAAGAAAUUUUAAAAAAGAAACUCAUCCUUUGCUGAUACCCCAAGAUGAACACCAGCAAAAAAGACACACACAAUUUUAAAAGUGAUGUCUUUUGUUUGGUUGAAGAUUCCUCCCCCCUACUUUCUAUACAAAAAUUAGAAAUAAAAGAAUUUCUAGAGGAAAAAAAAACUUUCAUCAAUUAAAUACGGAGCUAAAAAUCAAAACAUUUUGAAAUAUGGAAUUAUGGCCAGGUGUUGACCUGGGGAACCUGCAGGACCUAUAAUAAUAGCUUAGCUUUGUGCUAUUUAUAAAGAAGAUGAACUGUAAGCUUUUUCCAUGUAGAAACCAUUAUGAGAAUUAUAUUAGGCCAAUAUACCGGCAAAUAUAAUUUCACUACAAUUUAAUGGGUUUGAUUCAGUAACUCCAUCUUUUCUCAAUUAAACUUUUUUUUUUUUUUAUAUUUUAUAGCGGAUUUUAAAAAAAAUCCUGGUAUUUUUCCAGUUAAAAAAAACAAAUUGAAUUAUCAUUUUGCAAAUUAUUAAUUUUAAAAAAUAUUCAAUUAUUAAGUUUCAAAAAUUCAAGAAAUAUGUAGAAACCAUUAUGAGAAUUAUAUUAGGCCAAUAUACCGGCAAAUAUAAUUUCACUACAAUUUAAUGGGUUUGAUUCAGUAACUCCAUCUUUUCUCAAUUAAACUUUUUUUUUUCUUUUAUAUAUUAUAGCGGAUUUUAAAAAAAAUCCUGGUAUUUUUCCAGUUAAAAAAAACAAAUUGAAUUAUCAUUUUGCAAAUUAUUAAUUUUAGAAAAUAUUCAAUUAUUAAGCUUCAAAACUUCAAGAAAAAUAUAUGGAUCAAGUGCUAAAAUUGUAUAAUCAUGUUUGUUUGGCUUAAGGGAACAUUCAGAGUAUUUCAAACAAAUAAAUUAGAUAGGCUAAGGAUUUUUUUUCCACAAAAUAUCCACACAAAAAAAAAGGGUUGCAUUUAAGUGUAAUUUGUUUGUUUGACAUGCAGGAUCUGAUCAUAUUUCCUGAUGAUAUAGAGUUUAAAAAUGUGAGUCAGUGCACUACUGGCAGAGUUUAUGUCCUCAAAUUCAAGUCAUCAUCAAGGAAAUUCUUUUUUUGGCUUCAGGUAGGAACAAUUUCUAAAGUCAGAUUUAUUCAUGUCAUGUAAACAUUGUUGCCACUUGGAGAUGUUCAAGUUAAUUAACAAAGCCUAAAAUAUAUAUUUGUGCCAGAAGAAGAAAUUUUUUUUCUUUAAAUACUGAACAAUUUAUUCUGGAAGAUUUUUUUUCCAGAUUAGUUAUUUCAUACCUUACAAAAGUCUAAUGCAUAAUUAUAUUUCAUUUAUAAAUGAAUACAUAACAUAUACAUAGGAACCAAAAACAGACAAAGAUGAAGAGAACUGUAAGAAAGUGAAUGACUUUCUCAACAAUCCACCAACUCCUGGAUCAUCUAGAGGUGGAGGAAGUAGCGGGGGCCUACCUUCUGAUUUGUCAAACCUUGGUGAGUUUACCUAACAUCAAAUUUUUGAAAAAAAAAUUAUUAAUAAAUAAAUCAUUUAUUUUAGCUGAUGAACUAUUUAGUUGCUAUAUAUUUGUUGUUACCAUUUCUCAUUUGAUUUUCUCACAUUAACUAAUUUAAUCUGUACUAUUUUUUAAAAAUUUAUGUUCUUUUAAUGUCCAGAAGAUAUAUGACAGCACACUUAGAAUGACCAGUAAUUCAAAUAGUAACUUUAAAUUGAGAACAUCAAUGUGUGUGUUUAAAGACCCUUGGAAUAUUAUGAACAAGAAUGCUCUUUGAAUCCUUUUCAGGUCUAGACUGAGGAAUUUAAAAUAAACCAAACAUUUGAUGUCAUAUAUCAUUUUUUAAUUUAUAAAUCAUAUGAUGGCUAACAUGUAAUAUUAAUUAUUUUUUUUUAAAGCUUAAAUCUGAAGUAUAAUAGAAAGGCCUGUUCUGAUUUUGUAAUGCAUAGGCCAGGGGUGUAAAAAGGCAGGAUAUUUACCUUUAUGAAAAGUCCUAUGAAGACACACCUUUAAUGCAUGAAUUAAAAUGAGCUUUGCUACAUAGGUCAAGAAAGCUCUAAUGUAACAAAUUGUUCUAAAACAUAUGCUCAAAUAGUUAGGAACCCAAUUAAUGAGCUCACUUGUAAAAUAAGUAAAAUCAGAACUGCUCUUCUUUUGUAAUUGUGGCUGGCUUGAGCAUUUGUUCAGAAUUUCACUCAAUUAGCUUUAAUAAAUUAUUUCUCUACCUUUAUGAAAAUUGAAGGUGAACAGGACCUCCAGAGCAUUCUUGGAGGAAUGAGUCAACAACAGCUGAUGCAGCUUCUUGGUAGGUGGUGGUUUAUUUUCAGCCUAAUUUUCUUAUUCAUAUCAAGUAAAGCUACAUGGUACAUCAUUUUUAAAUACAUUUCAUUGUAAUUCAUUACACUAUUACUAUUACGAAGUAAAAGUUAAUUUUUUUUCUAAGAUCCAAUGAGAAAGAACUAGUUUUUCAAAUGUUUAGAAAAAAAACAACAAAUCAAAUAUUGUAUGUUGCAUUUGGCCUUCAAUAAAAAAAAAAAUUAUCAUCAUUUAGUGUCUUCAAUUUAGAGUUUAAAUAAUUGAUAAAGCAGUAAGAUGAUUUAUUUUGGUCUGGACGCCAGUUUGUAACACUAUGGUGUGUACCUCUGCUGUUAUGAGCUGUCUUUCUUUACAGGAGGCAUGGGUAUAGGUGGUGGUAGUUCAAGUUCUAAUGUUCUGGGCUCUCUGAUUGGACGUCCCAGUAGUGCUCAGUCUACUGCAUCAGAGCCGUAAGUCCUUAAGAAUUACAGUUAUUUAAUUUUUAUUAUUGUGCGUUGAUUAUUUACAUUUCAGCUUUCAGGUGCAACAUGGCAUAACGCUUUUGUUAAAGCACUUUUUAAUCCCAUGCAAGCCCUGAUAUUGGUAGUAAUCAGGGGGUACUCUGUUUAAAAUUUUGAGAUAUCUAAUGUAUAAUUUUAGCAAAACAUUUAGGGAAAAGCUUAAAAAUUGCUAAAGAAAUAUCUUUUAAUUUAACUGUUCCUUAGGGUGGUUAAAUUAAAACUUGUUUUUCUCUUGUAUUUAACAAAAAUUCUAUUCUAACAAUUCUUGUCUUAAAACAUUUUCUAUUUUAUUUGUUGUAUUUACAGACCCCUUAGAAGCCAGUCUGCAGCUGGUGCUAGAGGUGCUUCCAGGGAUGCUACUCCAUCCCAGCCUCGUCCUGUUACUGCUGCGGCCUUACCUUCACAGGAGACUGCGGGUGAUGCACCACGUGCUGCUGCAGCACCAGUUGUGAGUGGAAGCAGUGGGGUACCACCAACAGCAGGAGCAAGUGCCCAGAUUCAGCUUAGUGAUUUGCAGAAUAUUCUCUCUACUAUGAAAGGUUAGGCUUGGACAAAAUUAAUGCAAAUAAAUUACUGACCUGCUAAGCUCAUUUAAGAAAUUGUAUGCAACACACCCUCGCAUCUCGCACUAUUGCUCCAAUCCGCUCACAAGUAGACCAUUUGAAUAGGCAUGAAUUCUUUAGUUUUAAGAGAGUAACUGCUCUUGUGAUUUGUUGAGGCAUUGUAAGAUUUAAUCUAAGCUUAUAUUAUCAAUCUCUUUGGUGAACAAGGAUGUCUCGUCAAUAUAUCAUGCUGCGCUCUUAGAAAUAAUAGAUGAUAUUAAAGACACCUUCAUUUUUUUGGAGUAGAGGAAAGUUACCAAAAUCCUUACAUUUUAUAGUAUGUUCUUUUUUGUCAUAAAAUUUGUUAAAAAUCUUUUCCUUUCUAUUCCUCAGUCCCAACAGAUGGUGCUGGGAAAGAAGGUUGGUCAUUGUUUAUUCAAUUCUAAAAAAAAUAAAUUUACAAAAAAUUUAAUUAUGAUAAAGAAAGUAGCUGCAGGAAAUAGUCAGGAUUACAAAGGACUACCUUCUGUGGGGGAAAAUGUCAGUACUGUCAAUUUUUUUAUCAUAUUUUGCUUCUUAAAAAAAGUUGGCGGUCUGUACUGUAAUUUUUUUAAUCCCCAGGAUAUUAGGCAGCUGUUCUUAUUUCAUUUAUUUCAAUAAUUACUUAUGUGUCUAAUAUUUUAUUUAAAUUAAUUUCGAGUUCAAUAAUUUUGGAUUUAUUUCAUUUAAAAAUUCUCUUAACAAUAGUUAAAGCACAUUUUUCUCUUGAUUUUCUGUGCCCUUAAUUGAUAUAAUUUAAAAAUCCCAUUGCUUUCCAGGAGUGGACCUAGCCAAAGCUCUUAGCCCUGAAGCCAUGAUCCCUAUUCUGGCUAAUCCCGAGGUUCAGGAGCGGCUCAUCCCAUAUUUACCUGAGGGGGGGUCCCUGCCCAAGACAGAGGAGGAACUGCGCAACACUGUCCAGUCACCUCAGUUUCAGCAGGUAGGUGCAUCUUAUAUGUUCAUGGUUAUUGUUAGUUUGAGGAUACUUUAUUUCUCUUAGUAACGUUAUUUGAUAAAUCAAACAAAUGGUUUUAAAUUUAUUUUUGGCUACAAAAUUGCAUAUUUUUGUUGGAACUUUUAGCCAGUGUUUGAAAUUAAACUUUAUGCUAAGGAAUCAUUUAAAACUGUAUUUUUUUCAGUAAAUUUGUAUUAUAAAAUGAUGAAAUUAGUGUAUCAAAUGCAUUGUGGAUUUCAUGAACAAAAUAGCCCUUAAUGAAUGUCAGAAAUUGCACAGUUUGAUGAAAAUGAUACAACAAACUACAUUUGUUUUAUAACCUGACAUGAAGGACCUAGGCCAAGUGUCCCUCAAACCUUGAAUUCGCAACUAAUUUUACUCAUUACUCAGCUAAAUGAAUGAACCAUAAUUUUUUUAUCCAGGCUCUGAGUUCUUUCAGCUCAGCUCUCCAGUCAGGUCAGCUGGGCCCUCUGAUGUCACAGUUCGGUCUAGGCGAGGAUGUAGCUAAUGCUGCUGCUCAGGGGGGUAGGUAUUUCAAACAACUUUCUUAUAGAAUUUGUCCAUUGACCUGUAGGAGUGAAAAUUCAUGAGGAUAGCUGGGACUUUUUACUCUAAUGUGCUUUGUGGAUAUAAAGUGAUUAAACUUAUUUUGAACAAAUUUAAUAUGGUUUUCAUCAUAAUUCUUCAUCCUUAAUGAUUUAAAAUAGUUCUACAAUAUUAUUUUAUUUUAUUAACAUGAUUAUUUUGGGGUCUUUUUAAAAAAUUUAAAAAUAAAAAUUUUAAAAAGAUUUUAUAGUUAUUUAUUUAUUUAUUUUUUUUCAUUUGACAUGAUUUAAUUCGAGCAUUUAGUUAAUAUUUUAAAGAAUGACUUUUGUGGGGAAAAAAAUGUUAUUUUGAAUUUGUUCCAGAUAUGGAAGCAUUUGUCAAAGCCAUGCAAGAAGCCACCAAGAAAAAGGAGGGGGACUUGGAUGAUUCCAUGGAGCACUAGCUUCAUUCUAGCUCACCGAACAGGCAUCAGGAGUGCCACUCUGCUGGUCAGCCUCUCUGCAAGCAGAGUUUGAUAGAUUGUAUGGUGUUGUCCUUGAGAGAGAAUGAAUCUUUUAGAGCAUAUUUUAAUUCUUACCUUAGAACCAGAGUUGAUAGGGCCACAUCAGAAAACCUAGAGCCUUCCUAUACGAUCAAUAGCAAUCCUCCAAAUCCUGUUCAAAGUGUAGACACUCACCAAAACCAGUUUUCCAACUUUCAUGAGUUUGUGGAAGUGCUGAAAGGAGACAUUGAUAGGUCUAUGGGGUCUGAGAUCUGGGACAGCCCAACAGAUGUUAACUCAGAUGAAGUUGAGGUGGCUCCUCCUCCUCCCAUAGAAUGGACGGAUGAUGGCUUAACUAAGAAACUUGUGUCCAGAAAGUUGCCUCCUAAAAUUGAUGAGGGUAGUGAUGAGAGGUGUGAUUCUAAUGAAGAUGUCAGACAAAUGUCUGGAGCUGUGGAAUGUAUAGACAACCUGAGGACAGAUCUGACCAAUGUCGUCCAUCUGGAACCUGAUGGGGACACAAACCAAGAUGAGAGGGAAAGGUGCAGCAGCAUGGUUGGUUUUGAUCACCUGAGUAAAGAAGUUAUCGGUAAUGAACUUGAUUCUAAUGUCCCCAGAAGUCCUUCUGAGAACCUGGUAGUCCAUCUCUCAGUUGGGGAUAGAAACAAACUGGAAAACUGGCAUAAAUCAGAGCAGGCCCCGACCACUGUCCAAGUAGAAGUGGAUGUUUUAACACGUGCCUCACUUAGCUUCCAUGUUAAAAUUAAUGAGCAUUAUGAGCAAGAAAGCAACAGUAGCCUUUGUGCCAUGAAAGGAUCAAGUCAUCAAGACAUCACAAAAGAACAGUUUGCUAUUGAGAGUAGUGUAGACGGUGAUGAGCAUACUGGAAUCAAGAAAAUGAGUUCUUUUGCACAACUUAAAGUAGUUGUUGGUGACUGCAUUCACUCUGAUUUAUAUAAUAAGGACAUGAACAGUUCUGAAGAAAAUUUGACUAAGUUUACUAAAACCAAGGAAAUAGCAUCUGAGGGCAUAGCGCUCACUGUGGAGACAAAGAUUGAUAUGAAUUCUGAGACCAACUCAGAGGCUUCUGUUAUUGAAAUCCAACUAAACACAAAAGACAGUCCCAUCAGCUUGGAGAGCACUUAUGCCACCAAAUCAGGAGAAAAAAUUCACAACAAUGGUUCUGCCAAAGUCACUAGUCAUCCAAAUGUGAACCAAAGAGAUGGAGGUGACCCACAGGAAGCCCAUAAGAACACAAGAGCAGAGCCCAUGGUUCAGACGGAGGCAUAUAACUAUGAUUCAGAUCUGCCAGUAAUAAAGAUAGAUGAAGGCAGCAGUGAAUGGGGUGACACAAAUGAAGACUUUCGAGACAUGAGGGAUGAUGUCGCCAUUCUGGAAGAGAUUGACCCACUGAUGCGAAACACAUAUGAUACAGACGAUGAUAUAAGUGAGGCAACAGACACCAACAAAGAUAUCCGAAGUGUACAUGAGAAGAUGGCUGCGUUUGAUCAUCUCAGCUAUGAGGUCACUGGAGAAAAAGAGUUUUGUGGUCACUUAGAAACUUUAAUCCAAUCAAAGUCAGCCAUAUGGGAUGGCUCAGAUUUAAACCUCCAGGUGCACAUGGAAAAAACUGAGGUCAGUCAAGUUGGGCAUGUCAAAAUUGGUGUGGAAAUUACAAGCAGUCGAUCUUCGCCUUUGAUAGAGGAAAUUUACCUUCAAUCCCUUAAGGUCAUGGAUUCCGCUAAAAGAUGUGGACAUACUUCUGAUGGUAAAUACACCUGCCCUAAAUAUGAGUUCAUUAAUGAAGGGUUUAUUGAUGAUGAGAAUCAAGUGGCUGAAACCAAUUCCUACCACAGUGGGCAUGAGGACAAAACGACUUUAGUCAGUAAAGAAAAUAAUAUGAAUGAUCAAGUUAUGGAAGCCAGAAGUCCUCAGAAAUUAGGAGAUGUAAGUACAGAUGUCUCAGAUCACUUAACAGUAAUGAAAGGAACACCAAAUUUAACCAAGGACACAAACAUUGAACUUUUGAUCAGUAAUAAAUUAUCUGAUCCUUGGUGUAGUUUGAAGAGAGGCACAGAGGGUGUCUUGUUAGUGGAGGAAGUGAGCAGCAAUGCUAAACAUGUGUACAAAGAUGAGCUUUAUGUUGAUACUGACAAUGGAGACAUCAGUCUGGAACCUCAUGAUCUGGGUGACAAGGAUGUGAGAUUAUCUGAAGAAUUUAUUAAUGUGAACAACACAGAGACAACAGCUAGAACCACAAUCAUUGUGAAAAGUCCAGUAUUUGAUGAUCCUGGUGCUUGGUGCAAUGACUCAACACAAGUCGAAGGCGAGACUAACCAAUCACAGAUACAGCUUGAGCGUAAAAUCUCAACAGCAGACAUGUCUGUGAAGAACACAUUUUCUGGUGGGGAAAGUGGUGGGUCAUCUUGCUGGCCAGACAACUCUCACCUCCCCCUAGACUCGAGAGAUGAGGUGCAGGGUGGGGAAGAGCCAAAGGAUGUAUUACAUAACAGUUUAAGCUUAACAGGGGAUGAUUCUCUGGCUGGAGAAGAAACCCAAUGCCAGAACUUGUUACACCAGAAUGAUACCGGCCCUGGUGAUGGUCCUAGUGCUGCUUGUGGGGAAGAUAAUACAGUUCCGGGGUCUCUUACCAAGAAAAAACUUCCACUGACCACUAUUGGUCAAACUGAAAUGAAGCCACUGGUUUGCGGUAGCAGUAACCGGGGCAAAAUGACCUUAGCCUCCAGUCUACAUCAGUCCUUUAUUUUUGAAGCUGAUAUUGCAGUUCAGAAAAGGAACAGCUCUGACCUCUGCUUGUCUAUUCGUUCAGAGCUCGGGAGAACGUUGAAUGAAACAAUCUGUGACUACAGAAAUCUUUCCAGCACAAGUUCCCAAGCCAGACAAUCGUUUCCAACUAGCAGCGACCAUGACAUCAUGCAAGAUGUCAGUGUUGAUCAUGUGACAUUUGGCGGUGACCUCCAAGCAGAAUACAAUGACAUGGUGACCUAUGCCCUCAACUUUGUAGAUAUGCUCUUCUGGAUUUGUCUUGCUGUAGCCAUCUUUAUUUUUGAAGUUUUCAAAUAUUACUGAAAUCUUGCACCAUUUGCCGGUACUGGGUGCAGUCCCCUUUGAAGUCAUUAAUGAUCUUCUAAUUUUAUUCAACAUGUAAUAUUCAUACAAGAAAAUGCCAUUUCUGCUUGCAACAACCUGCUGCAUAAAAAAAAUUCACACAAUCUUUAUUUCAUGAGGUGUGAUGAAAAAAUAUUUCUUUAUAAGCAAAUUGAUUUUUUCCACACUUAGUUUUCAGAAUUUGUGUAGUUAUAGUAAAGUUAAUUUGCCUCCUUGUUAAAACUAAUAACCUGCAGAAGUUGAAGCACUAGGUAUUCUGUAAUAUUAAUUAAUGAGUGAAAGUCUUUGUGAGUAAAUGACAGUGUAUCUAGUGUUAUGCCGAUAUUCAUCAUCACAAAAAUUAUUCUAAUAAAGGUUUGAAGAAUGUGGCUCUGUAUUUUAUUGUCUUGUUGUCAUUACUAUUCUAUUAUUAACCAAUCUCAGUUUGUCACUUGUAUUCCCCCAUUGUAUUGUUAGCUCAAUAUUGGCUUCAUUAAAUGUUUUGUUUCAAUUGAGCCUUUUUUUUUAAUUAUUUUUUUUUUGUGUGUUCUAAGUUUUCAAAAAGUGAUGUCAAGUGAUCAAUCAGUUCUCUGUGUUUCAUAAUCAUCACCAUUUUAAACUAGUGAUUUAGUGGUUAAAUUAUUUGUUUGCAUGUGACAUUCAAUCAGUACUUUUUAAAAAUAUAUUUUUGAGUGGAGUUCUCUGUUCCUUCUGAAAUAAAGAAAUAAUUAAGCA